UACCCUUGCCAUUCCUGCAUCUCUUCCAGAGUUUCCGGAAGGUCUCUGUUCAAGGUCUCCGGAAGGAAGAUGUUGACCACGCAGGAUCCGAUGAGUGUGAGGGUGGUGCUGCAGUGCUGAAAUUGUUUCACUUGAGUGGACCAGUCCAAACAACAAAAUCGACUCCGGUCCAGAAUCAGUCGCCGACGUACAGGAUGGACAACGAGAAUGACUAUGAGGCCAAGACAGAGUUCUUGAAGGUCUGGGGACCCUUCCAACGUCGCCUCUCCUUGCUGCUCGCCAUCACAAUGGUGCCCAACGGUUUUACCAGCCCGAUGGGGGUCUUCGUGGCCGACACGCCGGCCCACCGCUGUCUGGUGCCGGCGCACAGGGUAAACCUGACGGAAGAGUGGCGCAAUGUCAGCAUACCCCUGGAGGAGGACGGCCGCCCGGCGGAAUGCUCCCGGUACCGCUUGGAUGCUCUGCUGACUUACUCGGAGGCGGGCUUUCAGCCCUCCGAUGUCAACCUGACUGCCGUGCCCCGAGAGGGCUGCCUAGACGGUUGGGAAUACGACCGAAGCGUCUACACCUCCACCAUCGUCUCAGAAUGGGACCUCGUGUGCGGUCAGCAGUGGAAGAAGCCGCUGACGUUGUCGCUCUACUUUUGCGGCUACCUCGUCGGAUCCUUCCUGUCCGGGCAGCUCUCCGACAGGUUUGGCAGGAAGGUUGUGCUGUUUUCCGCGAUCGCUGGCCACAAGCUGUGUGUUUUCCUGCAGGGAUUUAGUCACUCCUGGGUAGUUUUCUGCGUCCUGCAAUUCCUCGGGGGCAUGUGCACCAUGACCAGCUACCUGACUGCCUUCGUGCUCUGUGCGGAGCUCCUCAGUGCUCAAGCGCGCCUGUUCUUCACCACGGCGGGCUUAUGUUUAUUCUUCGCCUUGGGCUACAUGCUGCUGCCGCUCCACGCCUACUUCCUGCGAGAUUGGAGGAUGCUGCUGCUGGGCAUCAACGCCCCCGGCCUCCUCCUCUUAACUUUCUGGUGGUCCAUCCCCGAGUCCCCACGCUGGUUGCUGUCUCAAGGACGGAUUGCCGAGGCCGAGGACAUUGUGAAACGUGCCGCCAAGUCCAACAAAGUCGAGGCGCCAACAAAAAUCUUCACUCCUUUGCAGAAAGAUGGCUCGGAAAAGAUGAAGGCGUACAACAUCUGUGACUUGCUCUACAUUCGCAACAUGCGCUGGUUGUCAGCUGUGCUAUGGCAUGUCUGGGCCACGAUCACCAUGAGCUACCUGGCCUUGUCCCUCAACACGUCCAACCUGCACGGCGACGCCUACCUCAACUGUUUCCUGUCGGCGGCUGUGGAGAUUCCUGCCUACAUCAUCACGUGGCUCAUGUUCCGCCGCUUCCCCCGCCGCCUCACCAUGGCCGGCUGGCUCUUCUCUUCAGGAUUCUUCCUCCUGGUAAACCAGGUCAUUCAGGCAGAUCUGCACUGGCUGGCAGUGUCUUUGGAGAUGAUGGGCAAGUUCUGCUUGACAGCGGCGUUCAGUCACGUCUACGCUUACUCGGUGGAGCUCUACCCGACCGUGCUGAGGAACACGGCCAUGGGCGCCUGCUCCAUGGUCGCAAGGAUAGGCAGCAUCCUUGCACCCUACAUCAUCUACCUGAGAAGCUAUUCGCCGUCGCUGCCGUACAUCCUGAUGGGCAUGCUAAUCGCCAUGGCGUCGUUGCUUAGUCUUCUGCUGCCUGAAAGCUACGGAAUGCCCCUACCGGAAACCCCUGCAGACAUGCAGCCCUUCGCCGGGUGCUGCCGAAAGAACAUCUACCAACACGCACGCACCAAAGAAGAGACCCAAAGCAAUAAUAAUAAUAAUAAUACAUGA